AUGACCAACCCAGAUGAAAUCGAUGAAUAUGCCUCGAUCCAGAAAGCCUUGAAAGGCCUCAACGAAGCUGCACAACGAUGCCAGCAGACUAUGCUCAGCGGCCAGGACAGCACCAUAGAAAGCUGCAGUGCCAGACAAAGCGCGCGCGAUGAGCUGGUCCGGGAGGCGCUCAAGUUCCUCCAGAUUGCGCAAGGUCCUAUUGAUGCCGCCGCUACUUGUUUCGAAAGGACAGCUCAUCUCGCGAGCGUCCGCGCGUUGCUGGAGAUGGGGGUCUUCGAAGCGCUUCCGAUUGGGCGAGUAUCUCGCAGCACGGAAGAGUUGGCGCAGGAACUGAAUGUCGACGAAUCUCUUCUUGGUCAGUGCACUCUUGCCGAUAAACUGCUAUUCUAUGCAUCCGCUGACAAAAUAGCAGCCCGUCUGCUGAGAAAUUCCUCGCUGUACGGACCAUUUGAAGAGACCGGGCCGGGCCAGUACCGCCACACCCCGUUCUCCGAGGCGUAUUUGCGCCCCGAGAUCCGCGGCAUGUUUCGAUUUGCGAUGGACGACCAUAUGCCCGCGCAUCUCAAGCUGCAUGAAUUCCUCCAACGCAAUGGCUGGCAGGAACCCUCAUCCAGCACAGAUAAUCCGUACACGUACGCCCACAAGACGAACGGAAAGGGCAUGUUCGACAACCUCUCCGAAAAGCCGGAGCGCAUGAGGGCAUUCAAUAACGGGAUGACGGUGCAGGCGAUGACGCCGCUGUGGAUGAUUGAUUUGUUCCCUUGGGGAAGCUUGGCCCAGUUCAAGCCCAGCGCGAGCCAGAUUCUCGCGGUUGAUAUCGGCGGCGGCAAGGGCAAAGCCAUCAGCCGGAUCCGGCCUUUGUGUAGUGGUUUGCCGGGCCGGUAUAUCCUGCAGGAUCAGGGGCAUGUUGUCAAGAGUGUCGAGGGUUCAUUGGAUCCCGCGAUCGAGAGGAUGGCCUAUGAUUUCUUUAAUGAGCAGCCUAUUCGAGGAGCUCUAACCUACCUCAUCCGCCGUUGUCUCCACAACUGGCCCCAGGACAGCGUGGUUCGUAUCCUGAAGAAUAUCGCUGCGGCUAUGGAGCCAGAGAAGUCACGGCUUCUAAUUGAGGAGAUCGUCGUGCCGGCGGAGAAAGCCGGUGUCGAGGAAGGAUGGAUGGAUAUGAUCAUGAUGUCUCUGGGCGCCAAACAAAGGACAUUGAAGGAGUGGGAGACGGUGCUGGGUCUGGCUGGAUUGGAAGUCAAGAAAGUGUAUCAGAUUUCGGGGAAUUGCCACGGACUCAUUGAGGCCUGGCUGAAGUGA